UGAAGCAAUUAGGAUCCGGAAGAACCGAUGGCAGAUCUGAGAAAGUGUGAUAUUGCAAGGAUCGUAAAUGUGAUCGAAUAACAACACAAUGUAACGCACAGAAGCACAGCCGUGUUCGCUGUCGGUCACGAUCACUGUGCACUUGCACACUUUAUGAAUCUCAGACUGGGUUGUGAUUGCAGUUUCGGUUUGAGCGGUGCGGCAGCGCGAAGCACGUCCUGCCGGUUAUUCGCAGGUGGCACCCGAGCGAGUGUAGCUGUGUGGUCUGCCUUUGUUGCGCAGGGAGGAAUCUGAGAGAAGACAACUCGGUUAUUAUUAUUUUUUUAUAUAUUAUUUUUAAUUCUAUAUGAAAAGAAUGAUGUGGGGAGCAGCUGUAAUAACCGUUGCCGUGCUUUGUCAUGGCGUGCGCUUACGUGCAACAGAUGCUGCUGAGAUGGUGACAGUGGACAGGCUGGCGACGGUGGGAGAAAGCAUGGUUUUGUCUUGCAACAACGCCACGGUGAAUGCAACCCCUGGUGUAACAGAAUGGUCAAAGGAUGGCAGGCUUGUCCUGCGCCACAACUCUACCUCCACGGAGAAGUUUGUUGUGGACAGCCGCCUCUCCAUUGUGAACAACAGGGACUUGCAGAUCAGCAAAGUGUGGGGUUCAGACGAGGGCGUGUAUGUGUGUAAUGUAACGCCGUCAGACAUCAAGGAGCAGAAGCAGCAUGGUAUUAAAUUGGUGAUAGUCAGUGGCCCAGAUGCUGUAUCUGUUAAUAUCACACCCGCAGUUGUUCUUCGCAAUGGAACAUAUUACACAGUCCAGGGUUCAGAGGUCACCUAUACCUGCUCCAGCCAAUCCUAUCCAGCACAGGAGCUUUCCUGGGUGUUUGAAGGGCUGGCGUCGAAGCCUGUUAAGGUCGCAUCAGGGAAGGGAACCUCGCUUGGCUUCAAGAAGAUAAAUGUUAUACCAAUUGACCAAGGGAACUACAGCUGCUCAGCCAGAAACCCUGUUUCUAGAAAAACUGUGACGUCAAGCAUUGCAAUGCUGGUUUACUAUUAUCCGCGCCAUGCACCCCAGUGCUCUUUUGAAACGGGGAGCAACGCCUCUGAUUUGCUGCUGCACUGCAGCUGGACCGGGGGCUACCCUGAGCCCACACUGCAGUGGAAACACGACGACGAGGAGACUUCAGGAGACUGGCAGCCUGUGCUCGGUGCCUCUGCAGCGAACGCCAGCCUGGAUGUGACGAUGAGCAGGACCCAGCUGCACGACGGACAAGUGCUGAAGUGUGUGGGGGAGCACCCGGCCAUCCUGCCCAGAAUGGAAAUCUCCUGCUCAGUAAAGUUAAAGGCUCCUUAUCCAGAGGGAGAGCCCAUGGUCACUGGGAUCAGCAAACAGAAUGUUACCUUAACCUGCCAGGACAAAGACGCCCGCCCUCCUCCUAAAAUCACGUGGCUGAGGAGCAUGAAACGGGAGGAGAUCUUCCCCAGCUCCAAGUACAUCAUCUCUCAGGGCAAGGCUGUCUCAACCCUAGUAAUAAACAGCUGCUCCAAGGAGAACGAUGAGGGCUUUUACUUCUGUAGAUCAGAGAACCCUGUGAGGGUGCGGGAGCUGGAAGUGCGUCUCUUGAUAAAGUCUUCUGCAUACAAUGUUGGUGGAUUAAUUGGGGUAGUCCUUGCCAUUGUAAUUGUUGGUUCUGGGGGAAUAAUUGGUGCGUUUGUGUAUUUGAAUCGGGAAAGAAUAUUCCUCGGACACCCUGUUCGGAGCGAGGAGAGGAACGAUGUGCUAAUGCUGGUGGACUCGGAUGACGAUGUCCCGUUUGAGGAUGAUAUUUCAGGAUUAACUUCGGUAAUCAACGGGCACGCCACGCCAGUGUUGAACAACCACCACACUCCCCACGCCGACCGUGAGGAACCACAGAUCCACGACGAAGAGCCACCAGAACAAGAUAUCACAGACACAUGAAGAAGACUCGGCCGUUGUCUUUUCUAAAAGCAGAUGAACGCACAGCUGAUCAGGGAGAUUGCCUUUUGUUUGUUUUUAAUUAUUAUUAUUAUUAUUAUUAUUAUUAUUUUAUUAUUAUUAUUAUUUUUAAUAAAUAAAACAUUUUUAUAUUAAUGGCAGUAACCGAUUUGGAGGAAGGGGGAGGGGACGACGACGACAAAAACCCCAACUUUUGCACAAAAUUUUAGCCAUCAUAACAGUAUAGGGACUUGUGAUUAUAGUUAUGCUUUUUAUAUUUCACUGUUGAUGUCUUGUGGUAGAUAAUACGUGUGUGUGUGUAUUUUAAAUACAAUUGCAUUUUCAAGGUGUUCAGGACUGUUUAUCUUAUUGUGUAUUCCUAUCUUAUAUAAUUGCACUGUAAUUUAUUUUCUGCAUUGAAUUGAAAUUCACUUGUUGGUUCUGUCUGAGGGGCCAAGUGCUGUCUUUGUAGUAGGAGAAACGCACAUGAAUUAAUCGGACCAUGUUUGCAGAAGCAGUUGUCUCAGCACCCCACACCUGUUAAACAUGCGUGCCUUGGUGCAGCCGUGCCGACACGGAAAUCGCAUUCUUCACAAGCUUAAACGUUUGUGAACAGGAUAUAUAGUCUAAAAGGAACAAAACAAUUGCAGCUCCAUACACAGCGGUCUUGCAGGAACGAGCAACUCAAUGAUUUUCUGAGAAUUUAUUUAAACGUUUUUACUCAUUUAUUUUUAUUUUUUUAAAAUUGCGGUAUGAAAAUGUGCCAUUUUUAUGCAUGCUAUAAGCAUGUGGAUAUUUAUUAUUUUAUUUUUGAACUUAACAAAAAAAAUCUUAUUUGUUUUUAUUUCAUUAUUUAUUAAAACGUUCGACAAAAGUAAUUUAGUUCCGUCGUUUUUCACGUUGGCUGCUUUAUUUGGCUACACCUAUUCUGGAGGCUGUGUGAAUUAUUUGUUUCCCUGUUUUGUUUUCCUAGUCAAAGGAGAUCCUUCUGCGUUCAUUUCUAAUCUAAUUUGAAUACAAAAUAAAGCGAUAUACUGUAUGUGACAAUACAGUAAAUGAACUCGUAUAGUGUUCUGUUUUACGUUAGCAGAUGAAAGGAGGUAAGAUGAAGAAGCACUAGACAGCAUUACUGUCUUUAUUUAUUCUGUGUAUCAGAGAUAGGGAAGAACAGUGGUUGCCAUGGAUACCGUAAAACCACGUGCACGUGUCAGCUGGUAAAACAGGAAGCAGGUUCGUGUUGCACAAUCGACUUUUGCACAGGGAAAAUGAAACUGACAUUUUGAGCUAACGCUGUGCUCACGGGUCUUCUAAAAAGUCGUGUUAUUUAACGUUUUUUUUUUUUUU